UAAUAUUUCUUUUAAAUUUUAGUCAAACACAACCUUAGUGUAAACAGAAGUAGGUGAGACGAUGGUCACCGGACACCGGCUUAUUAGGGAACCAGUUAAUGGAAGCGGCUACCACGCGGCGAUCAAUUCAACCAAAUCCAGUCUUGCACGAAAUUAACUCUGUACUAAUCUCUUAUUAACUCUAAUUUACUCUAACUUCUCCCGGAGUACCUUUAUUACACUUUUUUUCACCUUGAGCCAAUUGAACCCUAAGCCCCAUCCAACUCCGCCUCCCUAGAAUCCUCCGUCCAUCUAUCUGCGUCAAAGGUUAUGAGUUAUUUGCCUAUGGCUUCUCAUCAUCACCCGGGUUAUAACGAUGACAACCUUGAUUAUGACGUUGAUGUGGAUGGUGAUGAUGAGUCCAAUUCAUCACCUUCUGUUGUUGCUGGCGAGGUCACCAUUGCUGUUGCGGGCGUUUCUACAAGUGAUUCUCAUGCUCCAUUGAUUCAGGCUGAACGGAAACGACCAAGGAUUGAUGAUUUCGCCAUUCCCGUUAUUUUGCCCGGGGCCGUCGCAAAAAAGCCGGCGGCGGUUGAUGAGUCGAGGAAGCUGUUUCAAAGGCUUUGGACUGAUGAUGAUGAGGUUGAGCUGUUGAAAGGGUUUCUGGAGUAUACGACGCAGCGCGUGUUGAACAAUUCAUCGGCGCAGCAGCACCAUUACGAUACGACGGCAUUUUAUGACUCGAUCAAGAGCAAAUUCCAACUUGAUUUCAACAAAAACCAGCUGGUGGAGAAGCUCCGGCGUUUGAAGAAGAAGUUCAGGACUCUGAGGAGCAAGAUGGGAUCGGGGAAGGAGUUUGCUUUCAAGAGUGCUCACGAACAGGUAACUUUCGAGAUCUCUAGUAAGAUAUGGGGCAAUGGAGGCUCUUAUGCCCGCAACAGCCCUGGAAGAGGAGGCCCUAUUGGUUUCCCCGCCCAACACCCGUUGGAAGAUGGUGGAUUGGAUGAUGAAGAUGCUCAUUCUAACCCUAACCCUAAUUCUGAUGCUAUUGUCAUUUAUAAUAGCCCCAAAUUUAAUCUUAACUCUAACCCUAAUCCUAAUGGCCCUAAUGGGAUUGACAUGAAAACUAGAUCACAAAAGAGGGCCCCACAGGUACCUGCUGAAGUUCUUAAAGCUGAGCAACAGGUUUUUCAGCCACCCGGGUUCAGCCCUAAUGUGCCAAUGCCGAGCACAAACGUGAACCCGAUGGGAACUACUCCUAUGGUUGGAGUUGCAGCCACGGCUCCGGUGGCAGCUGCUCCUGUGGUUGGAGUUGCAGACACGGCUCCGGUGGCUGCUUCAGUUCCUAGUUUGAUUGAGGAAACAGUGAGGAACUGUGUAUCGCCAAUUUUCAAGGAGCUGCUGAACAAUGUGGCUAAUUUGAACAGGCCUGCUAGAGGGUUCGGGUUCGGGUUUGGGUUUGGAGGAAUGGAGAUGAGUCCGAUCCCAUUGGGCUUUGGGGGAGGUGCAAUGAGCAUGGAAAUGAUGAAAGAUGAGAAGUGGAGGAAGCAGCAGAUGUUGGAGCUGGAAGUGUAUUCGAAGAGGUUGGAGCUGGUGCAAGAUCAGGUGAAAGCACAAUUGGAGGAGCUGAGAUCAAUGGGAAGUUAGCUUGCUGAUGACAACAAUUGGAAAAAAUGGUUGCUUUUCUAAUGUAUACAACUAUUCAAAUAAUUCUAGUGGAUAAUUUUAUCAGGCUGUUGACGACAAAAUGGAUGGUUUAGGUGUAAGUUUCAGGUUUCGACAAAAAAAGAGGGAUGAUUUAGGUGUAAGUUAUCGGUUUGAAAAAAAAAAUGAAUGGUUUAGGUAUUUAGCUUUUGGUUGCUGAAUAAUGAGUUCUAGACUUUGUUGCAAUAUAGAUGUUUCGUCUAUUUUGUAUAUAGAAAUGAAAUGAUAGAAAGGCUAAAUGUGGAGUUAAUGUCA